AUGUCAUGGCAGACCCCACACGAACUUGGUGGGCCAUCUUACUCAGUCCCAUUGAGGAGUAGGGAUGCAAGAACUGCAAGCAGAGAUGGAGCAAACAGCGAUCUUCAGGCGUUCUUCGAUGACCUUAAUAGACUUAUUCAGCUAUUUAGCAACAAGGGCUUUACUGCAAGGGAGAUGGGUGAACUGCUGGAUGGGCAGGAAAUAGCGGUGAAAAGGCUUUCGAGGAAUUCGGGACAAGGAAUGGAUGAGUUGAAGAAUGAGAUUGUACUGAUUGCCAAACUUCAACAUAGGAAUCUGGUUAGGCUCGUGGGUUGGUGCUUGGAAGGAGAAGAGAAGCUGCUUGUGUAUGAGUAUGUUCCUAACAGGAGCCUUGACACAUUUCUGUUUGGUGAGUCCAAUUACACUAAUAUAAUUCAGUAG